UUGAGCUGAGCUCGAGCGAUGUGCUCGCUUAACCGGCUUUGUCCGUGACAUUGUUAUUGGCCAAACAAAAAAUCAAAUCAUCAGUUGCUUUCGUGCUGCGCUGUUGAGUAGGCUUAAGCGAGCAGACGACGCGGUGGUUUAUCUUAAUCGAAUUUCUCGGCGCGCGAUUCUUUAACAACUGAAAUUAAUGAUGGAUUAAUUGGAAUAAUUUUUGAAAAAAUUAUCUUUGUGCGUAAUCACGCAAUAAUUUGAAAAACCAUGGCUGAAUCAGGCAUCGACUUAGGGUAUGACCUAUCAGCCCUUUUAACUGAUGACUUUGAUAUCGAAAGUGCCAUAGAUUUUGACGACUUGUUGGGAACACCAAAAAAUCAGGAAUAUUAUCAGCUAACUUCGAAAACUAUGCCAGUAUCCGAAAGCACACCAAACCUCAAAACAACAACACCUCAAACGCGGACCCAACUAAAACUUCAAUUAAUGCGCGACCAAGCCAUCCUGGAACAACAAAGACAAAUCGCCGAAAGACAACGACAGCAAGAGAUAAAACAAAGUCAGAGACCUCCGCCAGCUCCCGUUAAAGUACCUUUGCAUACUCUAGCGGUAGAGGUUCCACCCCAAGUUCUCGAAGUUCAAACGAAACUAGAAAAUCCAACGAGAUACCAUGUGAUGCAAAAACAAAAAAGUCAAGUCAAGCAGUACCUGAGUGAAUCGUUUCAAGGUCCCUGCCAUCCUACGUUCCUACCCGAUUACCAAAGAAAAAUGACUGUCAAUCAAACGCACAGUGCACCUCCAUGUGGUACGCAAAAUCUACCUCAACAGACGAAUAUAUCGACAUGUCAGAAUCAACCGUUUCAUCAACAAAUAUCUCCAAACUUUGAUAUUCCCUCUAUGUCUCCUGCGUUAAGCUCUGGAGCUACUAGUACUUCUGAGGCUGAAGAAUUAAUCGAUGACUUGCUAUCAUUGGAGUCCAGUUCGCUGGCGUCAGACAGUUUCAAAACGUCUGACAGUUCCUUAGCCAAUGACAUUAAUAUUAAAAACGAGCCAUUUUUACUUAGUGAUGCUGAGAUACAUGCAAUGGCGAAAGACCGACAGAAAAAAGACAACCACAACAUGAUUGAACGUCGACGACGGUUUAAUAUAAACGAUCGAAUCAAAGAGCUUGGGACGCUCUUGCCGAAGAACAACGACCCGUACUAUGAAAUUGUGAAAGACGUCCGACCCAAUAAAGGCACAAUUUUAAAAUCAUCAGUCGAAUAUAUUAAAUGUCUCAAAAAUGAAGUAAUUCGAUUAAAACAAUCGGAGGCGCGACAGAAACAAAUGGAAAAUAUGAAUAGGAGAUUGCAAUUACGAGUUCAGGAACUAGAAAGGCAAGCGAAGUCUCAUGGUCUUCCGAUAUCGGACUUUAACUGGCAAAGUCUCACCAUGAACAACAACCCUUCACCGUACAACUCAUAUUCAAACAACCUCGAUUUGGAUCCCAGUUUAGAUCAUAAUCUGGAUCACAAAGUCGAUCAAGUCCUGGAUAAUAACCUGGAUCACCUCGAUCAUAACCGGCCUCCUUCGGUAACAGAAAUUAUGUCGCCAUUGUUCUCAGAUUCCAGUCGAAAAAUGCCAGACGUAAUAUCUGAUGCAACCCUAAGCCUUUCGGCUGCAAUGGAAGAGGGAAUGGAUGAUGACGAUCUCGUCUACAACGUUAACGGUGAUCCCAUGCUGUCUUCCCCCAACGCCCUUACAGCGGAUGCCUUUUUAAUAAGAAACGUAUCUCCAGUACAUUCAGGGCCCACUGAUUCUUUAUUUUCGGAAGAUCGUAUACCAACACCAACACCAACCAGCCAUAUCGACGAUGGGGGAGAUACCCUAGACAUAGACAUGAUAGCAUGAUCUUAGUCUCACCUUUCUGGUGAGAUUUAGAUUGUAGCUCGAUAUAGAAAUAAUUAUAAUAGUAAUAAUUCUCAAGCCGUAAUCUACAAUGUUCGUGCGUGAUUUUCUCUUAACUUUGUGUUGUUUUGAAACUAUUAACAACACGAAAAAAUGUUUUGAAAUCUUGGCCAGUGUUGAAAAAAUAAGAUUUAUUUAUAUGAAUCAUUGUAGAUCAACGUGUUAGAAUAUCGGCAUAAUUACGAAAUGUUACCUUUAGUACCUACGGAUAUAUUUGUAGAAAAGUCUGGUAACCUGAGUUCACUUAACGUUUUAGUUUUGUAUUCAGUCUGAAAUCAUGUUUAUGAAACUACCGAUGCAAUAUUUUAGCGUCUUUAAGCUGGUAAAGCGUUAGGUACUUUCCAAUAAGCUUUUAUUGAAUACAUUUACGUCAAAAUGAAGAAAAACUUAUAGACUAGGAGCUCAUAACACAAAAAAGUUAGUCAUUUCAUUUGUAACAGGUAACAGGUAUGGCGACCCCUUAGAGGUCGAAUUACUUAAUGAGGAAAAUGAAAAAGAUGAUAACUUUCUUGCCAUUGGGUCCUAAUGGCAUGGCGACUAAUCGAACUUGUCAGAUAAAUUGCGGGUUUGAAACGCUUUGUAACAAAAAGGUUCUUGUAUUUUUCGAUAGUUUAUGAAAAAGGAACUAGUCGAAAGCGAAAUGCCAUAGUUAUCCGGUGGAGCUUAUAGCCCGCCAUAAUAUUUUUUUAGAUUAUUUGUAACAAGCUAGUUUUUUUUAAAUGAUCAUCUUUGAGGAGUCAUUCACGAAAAUCACCGUGCCAUACCGUUCCGAUGGUUCCAAGUAGCCGCCAUACCUGUUACAAAUUAGUAACUUUUUUGUGUUAUGCGCUGUCGGUCUAUUAGUCGGAUCUCAGUAAUAAUUAUUAUUCACUCGACACUAAUAGAGGUGUUUAAUUUGCCAUGUUUUUGUUGCAAACGCAUCUUAAACACAAUAUUGGCCCAAUAAAAUUUGAAUUAUUGAGGAACCGCUGUCACUUAUAUGUAUUAAUACCCUAUUUAUUUUGCUUUUUGCACUCAAAUUAUAGCAGCAAGUUUUGACAGUAUUUUAAAUAAAGAUAUUAUCUGCAACUACAACCAUAUAUUUGUAGAUAUUUUAUAUGUAGUUACAUUACAUUUGGUACCUACACAUUUGUCAUAACUACAAAUUGUAUUUGGCCAAAUUUUAGUUACCUACUCAUAAAUUAGGUUUAUGUGUACAUUAAUGCUUUAGUUUACAGUUAAAAUGAACCUUUACCAUAAAAAAUAUAUUUGAUAUACCUUUAUAACUUUUAUUACCAACUUUACCAAUUCUUAUUUUUCGUAGUAUAUCUUUGUGCAUGGUCACACUUCGUUUUUGUUCUAGUUUAAGUUUAAGUUACAUUUAUUGUUCUCAGUAAGAUGGCAAACAGUUGAAGACUAUUUUUAUUAAUAGAUAUAACAAUUUAUUAGAGUUGCCCAUAGGUAAAUAUCUCUGGAAUCUACAGCUUUAGUAUUCCUAGAUUCAAAACUCAUUCAACAAAAAAAUGUGUUUUAUUCUGAUAUUAGAAAAGGUGAAAUUGUUGUUUUUGUUUAUUUUUUUUUAUCGCUGAAAUUUUACAUCAUAUAGGUAGGGUAAUACAUUUUAUUAUCAGUGAAACAAUUCACAAACUUGCAAAAAUAUUGUUAAAAAUAAUUAUGAUAUUCAUAAGUGAUAUUUUUUGUUGAAUAAUUACGUUUAGUAGAAAGAUUUUAUAAUAAUGUUAUUGGGGUCCACUUUUUGAACCUUAAAUUAAUUUUUUUGUGAAUCAUUGUAUAGCCUGAGUGCGCAAACCAAAUAUCGUUGAUCGCAUAUUAAUCACAAAUUUAUCAAUAACCGUUGUUACUUCGUGUUAAUCGUGUUUACCAGUUUAUAGUUGUUUUAAUUGUUUCUGAAAUUUAUUAAAUGUUUUGAUUUUAAACAUUUUCAAUUUUUAUUUUUUC